AUGGCAGGUCAUGGUAUUACCGCCGGCCACGAUAUAGAUGAGGGUCUUGGGAUCCUGGGCUCUUACGAGUGUGACGAACACGAACCCUGUCUACGAUCUGUAUUGUACAAUCUCGCCGGCGGCACCAACUUUGCCAUCCUAGCCAUCCUCACACUCUCCCUCUCCGGACAUCACCAUGCGCGCCAGAUCGUAGCAUCACUAUUCCUCAUCCUCUGGGCCGUCCGCCUCUCAUCCUUCCUCUUCUUCCGCAUCCUGCGCACCGGCUCGGACGACCGAUUCGAUGACAAGCGCGACAAGUUCUUCCCCUUCCUCGGCUUCUGGAUCUUCCAAAUGAUAUGGGUGUGGACAGUCUCCCUCCCAGUAACCAUUCUGAACUCCCCCAACGUCACGCAGUACCCUCAGCACUCUUUCGGCACAGGCAGGGACAUUGCCGGCAUAAUACUCUUCGCGAUAGGCUUCGUAAUGGAGAGUGUGAGUGAUGUGCAAAAGUACAACUUUCGCAAGAACCACGAUGGGUACGCAGUCUGCGAUGUGGGCUUCUUCAAAAUAUCGAGACAUCCAAAUUAUUUUGGCGAGAUCAUUAUUCAAUUCUCGAUUUUCAUGAUUGCCGUUUCAUCGGCCGCAGACGGGUACGUCUCUGGCCAGGCCUACAAGGCUCUCUACGCGACCAUCCUUGGCCCCAUUCUUCUCACGGUCCUGCUCAUGUUUGUGUCUGGCCUGCCACUUUCGGAGCGGCCCAAGGCGAAAGCACGCUACGAGAAGGGGAAUAACUGGGAAGGGUAUAAGCGGUGGCUGGAUCGGACGAGCAUCCUGAUUCCAUUUCCACCGCAAAUCUAUCAACGCAUGCCGGUUAUAGUGAAAAGAACUAUUUUCUUGGAGUUUCCCAUGUAUGUAUUUUAUCCACCAAAGGCGGACCCUGGUGCUGUUGAACGAAAUGAGUCAUGA